GUGAAUGGACCACGCUGCAGAUAAGGGGUGUGGCUGAGGGAAAGUGGGCGGGGGUGGGGGCGUUGGGAAAGUUGCCGAGUGCCACUCUCUGCAUGCAGUUCAACUAGCUAGCUCUCUUCCCCUGAAGUGCUCUCUUCCUUCUCUCAUCCGACACAGUCACGUGACAUGCUCCGGGCAGCGGUUCGACAGGCGUGGACCAAAUCAGCGCGGCAGCUGCUCACCGGCACAGCUAUCACAUCUCACCCUCCUGCUUCACACACCCUCGCCGUGGUCACCCUCCUACAACAACAACCAGCCAGAUACAUCGCCAUGACGACUUCAGCUUGGACCGGUCGUGACACAUUGGACGAUGUCGACCCCGAAAUAAGAGAUCUGAUUGGUCGAGAGAAACAGAGGCAGAUCGGUGGUCUGGAGCUAAUAGCAUCAGAGAAUUUCACCAGCAGGGCAGUGAUGGAGUGCGUGGGAUCCUGCCUCACCAACAAGUACUCGGAGGGUUACCCUGGCCAGAGAUACUACGGCGGCAACGAGUUCAUCGAUGAAAUCGAGACGCUCUGUCAGAAUAGGUCGCUCCAGGUGUACGGACUGGACCCAGGGAAAUGGGGGGUCAACGUGCAGCCACUCUCUGGUUCACCGGCAAAUUUUGCAGUGUAUACAGCACUCCUGAAGCCUCAUGAUAGGAUCAUGGGACUCAACCUUCCAGAGGGUGGCCACCUCACUCAUGGAUUCAUGACGGCAACAAAGAAGAUAUCUGCAACUUCGGUCUACUUCGAAUCCCUCCCUUACCACAUUGACACCAGUACAGGUCUGAUAGACUACGACAGACUGGCGUCCCAGGCGAGGGAUUUCCACCCCCGUAUCAUCAUAGCAGGGACCAGCGCCUAUUCCCGGGUCCUGGACUACGCCAGAAUGAGGCAGAUUUGCGACGACGUCGGUGCCUACCUGAUGGCCGACAUGGCCCACAUUAGUGGCCUCGUUGCAGUUGGCCUCCACCCUUCUCCGUUUGAGUAUGCCGAUGUUGUCACAACAACCACGCACAAGACGCUGCGAGGCCCGAGGGCGGGGCUAAUUUUCUUCCGUCGCGGUGUGAAGGGAGUCGACAAGAAGGGGAAAGAGACGAUGUACACCUUUGAAAAAGACAUCAACAGCGCCGUGUUUCCCGGGUUACAGGGGGGCCCCCAUAAUAACGUGAUCGCUGGGGUUGCCGUGGCAAUGAAAGAGGCUCUCCGUCCGGACUUUAAGACUUACCAGGAGCAGGUUGUGAAGAAUGCACGACAUAUGGCGAACGCUCUGAUGGUCCUUGGGUACGAGAUUGUGUCUGGAGGGACCGACACACACCUGUUUGUACUGGACCUCCGACCAAAGGGGUUGGACGGAGAGCGCGCUGAGAGAGUUCUGGAGCUGUGCGGUGUGACGGUCAACAAGAACACGUGUCCUGGGGACAAGAGUGCUCUUCAUCCCGGUGGCCUCAGACUAGGCACACCGGCCCUCACGUCUCGUGAUAUGAAUGAAGAAGACAUUGGUCAGGUGACUCAGUUUCUUCACGAGGGAAUUCUCCUCACUCAGCAGGCAAAGAGCGACCACGAGGCGUCGCUCAAGACGGCUGACCCUCCCGCCAAACCCACCACCAAGGGUUUCAAGGAUUUUGUGGCAAAAGAUGCGGCCACUAUUGCAAAGAUUGCCAAACUGAGAGAAAAGGUCGAGGUAUUUUCGCGCCGCUUCAGCAUGCCUGGAUUUGAUGACAAAUAGACAACUACAUGUUCAAUAUGUCGUCCUAUUACUAUUUAUAGCAGCAAUUUGUGACACCACUUACUGUUUAUUUAUAGCAGAAAAGUGUGACAUCAUACUUAUAAAACUAUAUAGCUAUACACAUGGAGCUAAUAAGAGUAGGGUUUGUUCUGCAAGGUCUCUAGUGUCCUGGAGAGGUACUGUAGCUCCUCCCACCAACUUUCUUCUUCUCCUUUUCCGUGUUGUUUCAUCUGCUCACUAAAUCUCAGGCCGGAUCGAAUACAGUAGAUUGCCUCGUCACAUUCCUUCCCAUCUUGGAAUAAAAGAAUGGAGGUUCGCAGUAUGGGGGAAUGAGUGUAUGAGAGAAUGGCAUUAUCAGAGUGGGAAUCAGAGUAUGGGAAUGAGUGUAUGAGAGAAUGGCGCAGAGUAUGGGAAUGAGUGAAUGAGAGAAUGGAGUAUCAGAGUAUGGGAAUGAGUGUAUGGG